ACUACUACCCUUUAUUGCCCUAUUUAAGGCAAGCUAGUUGCAUGUGUAUUUUCACUUAAAAUUCUACACUAUAGUUCUCUUUUUUUCUUACAAGUUAUCAUGGCUCGUUCAGUUCCUUUGGUUUCCACCAUCUUUGUCUUCCUUCUGCUUCUUGUGGCCACUGGGCCAAGUAUGGUGGCAGAAGCAAGAACUUGUGAGUCACAAAGUCACAAAUUCAAAGGGCCAUGUGCUAGUGAUCACAACUGUGCUUCUGUGUGCCAAACAGAACGUUUCUCUGGAGGACACUGCCGUGGAUUCCGUCGUAGAUGCUUUUGCACUACACAUUGUUAAAUACAUGUUUAAGAAAUUAAUCCCUAUAUGCUAAGAAAAAAAAGAUGAUGGAUCCAUCACCUUUUUCUACUUGUUCAUGUUUUGGAAUAAAGCUAGCUAGCUAUCCAUUUUAUUAUGGGUUUCUUUCUAUCUUUGUCUUUUUUUUAAUGUCUUGUUAUAGAUCUUUCGAUCGUACGAGUAGAAGUGAAUGAAAUGAAGAAUAUCAUGUGUGUUCUCUCAAA